GAAGGAGAGUAGGUGGGGGAAGUGAGGAAGAGUGGGGUGAUGGAAAAUCUCCUGGAGCGUCAUCUUUUGAUGUGCAGCGAAGCAGACUGUCAGAUACAAUAAGAGGCAGUACCGGCGGAAAUCAGCUUGUUGUACGUGGGAAAUGAAUGAAGAACUCCAAACUCUCGUCUGCUCUUCAGAUGAGAUGUAAUUGUGGAGUGUUGUACCAAUUAUACGGGAGACUAAGUUCUAGCUGAUUGUACAUACCAUGUAGCUGAUUGCAGUACCUAUCACCCCAGUUAAAUGCUUGUUGCAGGGUUGUCUGCAGAAAUUUGGCCCAAGUUUGGUUUCUCGAGAGAAAUUUGGCCGUCGUCGUCGUCGUUUCCUUGAUGGUCCUAAUAUAUGCACGACUAAGACUCGGCAGCACGUGAGCAUCUCGGUGCUCUCUUCAACAAAAUAACUACCCCUCACACUAUCAUUCGGGGCUUCAUGUGGCCGUCCGCUCGGGACACCAGCUGCUGCGAUCUCGCAUGUUGAUAAUUAUCAAGCUGCUUGUGAUUUCACCCUUCACAAGGAUACUUUAGUACUGGUCUUUCAGAGCGGAUACUAGCUUGUCUAGGGGUUGUCAGGUUCUGAAAUAUGCUAAGUUGCAAGCUGUGCUUUUUCCUUCUAUUGCGUUGUUUGCCACGGUAGCUUCUUGGACCGUCUUUGUAAUCUCCAGCGAGAAUUGAAUGCUAGUGUAAUGAGAGUACCAGUUGAGUUCAUGGGUCGUUUUAAGCACACAUGCGUAUCUUUCAUGACAUGGUUCGAAUCGUACUAGGAAAUUGAUUUUGUCGAGCUUUUACUUGAGUUAGUUCACAGAUGCUACUGCAAUUCUCUCCGCCGUUUCUUCAAUUGAAAGAGAAGGCCGCUUUCGCAUGUAAACAUAUUUCAGGGCUCCUUUGGAUCCACUGAAAUAUAUACAAUGAUGUCGUCUUGCACAGGGUAUAGACUCUCCGACUCAAGUUAAGGUCGAAGAGUGAAAACCAUGUAUUGCAAGUUUGUACUGGUGUGAAUUUCUUAACACUGUUGCCUGUUCAGAUGAGAUAGUAGCCUAGCGUUGUGGCAUCUGGACAUAAAGCUUAUAGAAUUAGGAUUCUCAAACAUCAGUUGUGUACUUUUUAUGUAUUCAAAAGCAAGGAGUCAGCGAAUCUAGAUGAGAUCCAGUAGGAAGAUAUUUGAAUAUGAUAAUAAGAAAUACACAUUUCCUCAGGUAGUGCCUUGGCUUCACGACUUGAAAUUCAUCUUAACCGCAAGUCGUGGGCAUAAUGUUUAACAUCGUCACUUUACCAGUCAUGAUCGUCUUCGUGCUGAUGUUCUUAGAGAGUAUCCAAGGGAUCCUAGAGCAUGCAGUGAAGGAUCUGCCUGGGCAACCGCCAGUGAACUUUAGCCAAUAUGCUGGAUACAUAGACGUGGGAGAAACCAAGAGUAAGCACUUAUUUUACUGGUUCGUGGAAGCUGACAACAAGAGUCCUUCGUCACUCCCUAUCGCCUUCUGGUUCAAUGGAGGGCCUGGAUGCUCUUCAGUAGGUGACGGUUUGUUAACCGAAUUGGGCCCCUUUCGUGUCUCCUAUUCGGGAAAUCUCACAUUCAACGAACACAGCUGGAACAAAGAGGCUAAUGUGGUCUUUGUGGAGUCUCCUGUUGCUGUGGGAUUCUCUUAUUCAAACAAAAAAUCCGACUACGCAGCAUUUAGUGAUGCACAAACAGCCACGGAUGCGUACUCGUUCCUGGUGAACUGGUUCACGAGCUAUCCAGAAUACCUCAAAAAUGAUAUGUACAUUAUUGGAGAGAGCUAUGGCGGACACUAUGUUCCCCAAUUGGUACAGCAAGUAGUAAAACAUAACAAAAGUCCCGGAGCUCAGUUUCUGAAUCUGAAGGGCUUUGCGGUUGGGAACGCAUGGACAGAUGCAUACUUCGACAAUAAGGGCUCAAUCGACUACUUCCACUCACAUUCACUAAUCUCAGAUGAGACCUACAAAUCUCUCAUAGAUAAUUGCGACCUGGGUCACGAGUUCCCAAUUGACGUGCCGAAUACAAGCGCCAAGUGUAACAAUGCAACGCUGGUGCUUUACAAUAUGGACCUGUCAGGGUUGAACGUCUACAACAUUUAUGGCCCCUCCUGCAACCUUCCUUAUAACAACGUCUCCACUCAGGAGAUCAUGAACCAAAAAACACCCAGCUUUCCUGCAUCAGCUGCAAUUGAUCCCUGUCUGGACUAUGUCACGCCAUAUCUAAACAAAGCAGAUGUCAAGAGAGCUCUUCAUGUUUCCCCGGACAUUGAAUGGACCGAAUGCAGCAACACAGUGUUCAAUAAGUACGCGGUAUCAGACAUUCUAUCUUCAAUGCUUCCAGUUUACCGAGAGCUUCUCCAAACUGGACUAAGAAUUAUGGUAUACAGCAGCGGGGACUUCGACGGAAGGGUACCAACCACAGGCACUAGGGCGUGGAUAAGCCAGCUGGGAAUCCAGGUGAAGAAACCCUGGUACCCUUGGGUUCAUGGUGGUCCAAGAGAAUCAAACACUGGAGGAGGACAGGUUUCUGGCUACGCUCAAGUAUACGAGAAGAAUUUCACCUUUUCAACAGUUAGAGCGGCUGGGCACUUGGUGCCAGCUGAUCAGCCUAAGCGUGCUUUAGCCCUCUUCCACAGCUUUCUGACGGGGAAGCCUCUGGAGCCCUUUGAGUACCCAGCAAGACCUUAGGCAUGAAUUCAUCAUUUACUUGCAUAAGGUCCUUAGGAGUGAAGUAUCAAAUGUCUAACCCAGAAUGCGGAAAAUCAUCCAUUAAUCCAAUUAAACGACUCUGUCAAAUGCAUCCAACUUUGAAUUUACUUCACAAAUAGCUAUCUGGACGGUAUCUAAAUUUGCAUUCACUUGACGCACUGCAAGAUCACCAAAGAGACUAAGGAAGGGCGUUGAACCUAAACUUGGUACAUUUAGUGGAAAGUUCGUUGUCUUAUGACCAAUUAUCACUUUUUAGUGAUGGCAGGAUUGGUAACUUAUAGUUUCGUUCAUCUCACGUGGCAUCAUGUAACCAAAUUUCAGUUCGAGUAGAAUCACUUGAUGCAGUGAAAUAAACUUGCUCUGUAUCACGUCUA